AUGGAAACCAAAGAUGAUUAUACCCAAGAUGGCACUGUUGAUUUCCGUGGCAAACCUGCUGUUCCAUCCAAAACUGGCAAAUGGAAAGCUUGCGCUUUUCUCGUUGGUUAUGAAGCAUUUGAAAGAAUGGCUUUCUAUGGUGUAGCAUCAAACUUGGUGAAUUACCUUACAACACAGCUUCAUGAAGACACUGUUUCAUCGGUUAGGAAUGUGAAUACUUGGUCAGGAUCUGUUUGGAUUACACCAAUUCUUGGUGCUUACAUAGCCGAUUCCCACUUGGGUCGAUUCUGGACUUUCACCCUCUCAUCUCUCAUUUAUGUCUUGGGAAUGACACUUCUUACUAUAGCUGUAUCACUCAAGAGUUUGAAACCAACAUGCACAAAUGGAGUUUGUAACAAAGCCUCGACAUCACAAGUUGCAUUUUUCUAUACAGCACUUUACACUAUGGCAAUUGGGGCAGGUGCCUUGAUUGCAACUUUAGGCCUUGUAUACAUUCAAGAGAAUUUAGGAUGGGGACUUGGAUAUGGUAUUCCUACUGCUGGUUUGUUAUUGUCCUUGGUUAUUUUCUAUAUAGGGACGCCGAUUUAUCGACAUAAAGUUAGGACUACUAAAAGUCCUGCUAGGGACAUUAUUCGUGUCCUUAUUGCUGCCUUUAAGAACAGAAAACUUCAACUUCCUAGUAAUCCUUCAGAUCUGCAUGAGUUUGAGAUGGAAUAUAAUGUUGGCAGGGGAAAACGGCAAGUCUAUCACACUCCAACUUUGAGGUUUUUGGACAAAGCUGCUAUUAAAAAAGAUCCUACUACAGGUUCAUCAAGAGUACCAAUGACAGUAAACCAAGUAGAAGGCGCAAAACUAAUCUUUGGUAUGCUCCUAAUAUGGCUAGUAACACUGAUUCCAAGCACCAUUUGGGCACAAAUCAACACUCUUUUUGUGAAACAAGGCACCACCUUAGACAGAAACCUUGGUCCUAAUUUCAAAAUUCCAGCGGCAUCUCUUGGUAGCUUUGUAACCCUCUCCAUGUUAGUCUCAGUGCCAAUGUACGACCGACUUUUCGUUCCAUUCAUGCGCCAGAGAACCGGCCACCCUAGGGGAAUCACAUUGCUUCAAAGACUCGGAAUUGGAUUUUCAAUCCAAAUCAUAGCAAUUGCAAUUGCUUAUGCAGUCGAAGUUAGAAGAAUUCAUGUCAUAAAAGAGAAUCACAUUCUGGGUCCUAAAGAUAUUGUCCCUAUGAGUAUAUUUUGGCUGUUACCGCAAUAUGUUCUUAUUGGUAUAGCAGAUGUUUUCAAUGCAAUUGGAUUGUUGGAAUUUUUCUAUGAUCAAUCCCCGGAAGAUAUGCAGAGUCUUGGAACAACUUUCUUCACGAGUGGAAUCGGUGUUGGGAAUUUCUUGAACAGUUUUUUGGUGACAAUGACUGAUAAGAUAACAGGAAGAGGGUACAUUUACAAGAAGGAGCCAACAAGGGUCAAAGAGGCGCUUUGCGUUCAAAUGGAGGUUAACCCGACUUUGGAUGCAUCUCUUGGUUUACAAGUAUGA